CUUAUAGCGAGUCUGAGCCUGGAACUGCUGACCGAUGGUACCGGUGCCGGCUGCCACCGUACGUUUACGUAGUCCUACCGGACGGCGUGACGAUCACCUGAGAUCUAUUAACGGCCGUCUUUCGAUGAAAAUGACGCCCACUACAUUAUUUCUACAUUCCAAUGUCCUCCGUAAUGUGAGAUCGUGAUGAGUCGCAUCGGAUUUUUGACUCUUAUUUCCCUAGGCAUUUUUGGCCUUUUUACUGCCUACCUCUAUACUAACAGAAUAUCGGACGCUCCAAUGACAUCUGAACACAACACCGAAGACAUGGCAUUUAGAUCCGGCGCCAUCGUAGUCGGCUCAGGACUGGCUGGUUUAUCGGCAGCAAGCCAGCUCAUCAGCCAUCGCAUCCCGGUUCGUCUAAUCGAGCGAGCAGCAAAACCUGGUGGAAAUUCCAUCAAGGCCUCGUCCGGUAUCAAUGGUGCACCAACCAGAUUCCAGCAGAUCCCGGACGAUGCAUUCUUCUCCGACACAGUGAAAUCCGCCGGCAAGGCUAUGGCCUCGUCAACACCAUACCGCGAGAAUUUGAUCAACACUUUGACAAACAGCUCGAAAAGUGCUGUAGAAUGGCUCGUUGACGAGAAAGGCGUUGAUUUGAGCAGAGUCGCCCAACUAGGAGGGCAUUCGAUCCCCCGAACGCACCGUGGCGCUGGGCAAACACCACCUGGUUUCUCAAUUAUAAGCACACUCUUGAAGUCCCUGAAGGAGUCUCCCUUAUUUCAUCUACAAACCUCUUGCACUGUGACCAAGGUCUUGCAAGCCGGGUCACGUGUUACCGGCGUCCAGUACAUUUGCGAGAACGGCGCAGAAGAGGAGGCCCAUGGACCUGUGAUAUUUGCAUCUGGAGGCUUCGGUGGCGAUGCUGAAGGCCUUCUCGCAAAAUACCGACCUGACCUCGCUGGCUACCCGUCGACGAACGACCCCAGGCCGGGGACACAACCAUUGCUCACGGCCGUGGGCGCGCAGUUGAUUGACAUGGAGCAAGUGCAGGUCCAUCCCACAGGAUUCGUCGACCCAAAAGAUCCGACAUCUGCUCUUAAGUUUUUGGCCGCAGAAGUGUUGCGCGGGGAGGGUGGAGUUCUUUUGUUGAAUGGAAAACGGUUCAUCAAUGAACUCGAUACUCGUGAAAAUGUCGCCAACGCGAUCACAUCCACCCAACCCAAAUCGGACUCGCCCAAGCAAUGGGAGGUCCAGCUUGUGUUGGAUGAGGGAGCUUACAAUGCAGCCAAAUCCCACAUUGACUUCUACAUUUUCAAGGGUCUGAUGAAGAAGGUUACAAUAGCCGAUCUCGCCCCAGGUUCGCUUGAAACCAUCAAGCAAUACGCAGAGGCAGUGGCAGGAAAACAUUCGGAUUAUCUCCAGAGAACAUCUUUCGCAAACUGGAGUCUGACCGAUCCGACAGAGGAAUCUGUGGUGUAUGUUGGUACAGUGACGCCAAUCGUGCACUACACCAUGGGUGGAGUGAAGUUCAACGAGAAGAGUGAGGUCCUAGGAGAGGAAGAGAAAGCGAUUGAGGGGUUGUGGGCGGCAGGAGAGAUUACAGGAGGCGUGCAUGGCGGAAAUAGGCUUGGUGGUAGCUCUUUGCUCGAAUGUGUCGUUUUUGGCAGGAUUGCAGGGGAUCAAUGUGCGCAGUACAUAUCCGCCCAAGAGAAAUGAAGGAGACACUUCUAAGUGGGCUUGAACCGCGAAGGGAGAAUAUAUUCUUAUCAUAAUUCAUUUAACAUAAUAUUUCUACCGAGAAUUAUCUACCCUUUCGCUUCAAGCGAUGUUGAUGAUGUAUGAUUAAAGGGAUUAUAGACCCAGAUAUUGACAUUAAACACUGCCAUGUCUAGUCUUGAGGAAUUCUUCAACUUUCGUAUCGCUCAUGGACUCGACUUUCGUAUCGGCCUUC